AUCAUGGAUGUUCUACCCAUGUGCAGCAUUUUCCAGGAACUUCAGAUUGUGCAUGACACUGGCUAUUUCUCUGCUUUGCCUUCCCUGGAGGAAUAUUGGCAACAGACAUGUCUUGAGUUGGAACGGUACUUACAAAGUGAACCGUGCUAUGUGUCUGCGACUGAAUUUAAAUUCGAUAGAGAAGAGGAACUAUGGACCAAAUUUAUCUUAGCAUGUGAGAAAAAAGAGGAACCUGAUCAGAACAUCAGUUGUGUUUCUCCAGAGGACAUUAGUGACUGCCAGAAUUCAGAAACUAACAGCUUGAACUCUGAUGUCAGCAGUGAGUCUUCAGACAGUUCUGAAGAACUUUCACCUACUUCAAAAUUUACCUCAGAUACUAUAAGCGAUGUACUAGCCACCAAUGGAACUCUUAGUUCUUCUGUUACUUCAACUCCUCCAUCUUCUCCAGAGCAGGGCAAAGACCCGUCUUGUCACUUGUGGAAUGCAAUUACUGGGGAGCUACAUUCACCUGGGAAGGUGCGCUGUGGUUCCAUUGGAAAGACUCUAGAACAUGGAAGUCCGACAGGUGGGGAGACCUCACCGGAUGGCAGGAAACGUAUCCAUAAGUGUCUUUUCAAUGGCUGCAAGAAAGUUUACACCAAGAGUUCUCACUUGAAAGCACACCAGCGCACUCACACAGGAGAAAAGCCUUACAGAUGCUCUUGGGAAGGGUGUGAGUGGCGUUUUGCAAGGAGUGAUGAAUUAACCAGACACUUCCGUAAACACACCGGUGCCAAACCGUUUAAGUGCUCACACUGUGACAGGUGUUUUUCCAGGUCGGAUCACCUGGCCCUUCACAUGAAGAGGCACAUCUGA